AUGGAGAGUGCCGCCCUCGACGCGCCCGACCUGUCGCAACAGUCGCAGUCGCAGUCGCAGUUCACGCAGACGCAGCCCCAGACGCAGCAGCAGUCGCAGCCUGGACGUCGAGCCAACGCCUCGAGCCGGUUCCCGCCCUUGCUGUGGGGCGUCCUGCUCUCGGUUGGCGCCGGUGCCGCACCCACCACCACCACCGCGCCCACUGCGCCCGCCGCGCCCCUCGCCCCUCCUCCUCCUCCUCCGCCAACGACCCUCCCCCGCCCCGAGCGCGUCGACCUCUUGCGCGCCCAGUCGACCUACACGAUCGGGCGCUCGCCCCACUGUGACCUCGUCCUCAACGGCCCAAAGAUCUCGAGCUCCCACGCGCGCAUCACGCUCGACGAGGUCGAGGGCACGGUCAGGUUGGAGGACUCGAGCACCAACGGGACGUUUGUCAGGGGGCGCAAGGUCGGCAAGGGCAACGUGACGGUCCUCGAGUCGGGCGACACGAUCGUGUUUGGCCCUCCCGCCGACUCGUUCGAGCUCGAGUUCCGCUACUCGCAGUCCGUGUCGGGUUCGGGCGCCGUGCGGUCGAUCCACGCGGCGUACGAGGUGCGCGAGCAGAUUGGCAAGGGCAGCUUUGCGACGGUGCGCAAGGCGAUCCGCCGACACGAUGGCCGCAUCGUCGCCGUAAAGAUCAUCCAGCGCGCGAGGUUCGCGAGCAACCCAAAGACGAUGGAGAUGAUCGAGCGCGAGGUCGACAUCAUGAAGGGCCUCGAGCAUGUGCGUCGGCGGCGCGAGCCUUUCUCAGCCUCGGUUUCCUCCCUUCUCGUCUCGACGAGACGACAGAGACUGAUGCUUUACGUCGACGGCGGCGACCUGCUCGACUACGUCAUGAAGCGCCGAGGCCUCAAGGAGUCCGAGACGCGCGAGAUCGCCCUCAUGGUGUGCGAGGCGGUCGCCUACCUGCACUCGAAGGGCAUCACGCACCGCGACCUCAAGCCCGAGAACUUACUCCUGACGCGCGGCGCGAAACCCGUCUGCAAGGUGACCGACUUUGGCCUCGCAAAGAUGGUCGGCGAGGGCACCAUGCUCAAGACCAUGUGCGGCACGCCGACGUACCUCGCUCCCGAGGUCAUCCUCAACCCGACGCCGCUCGCCGGCUACGGCAACCUCGUCGACGCGUGGUCGAUCGGCGUCGUCCUGUACUCGUGCCUGACGAACCAGACGCCGUUCGACGAGAGCGAGUCGACGCCGCUCCCGCAGCGCAUGCGCGAGCGCACCGUCGACAGCGGCAUCCUGCGCGACUUUGGCGUCAGCGACGUCGCGUGCGACUUUCUCAUGCGGCUCCUCGUCGCCGACCCCAAGAAGCGCAUGAGCUGCGGUGCGUCACCUCGCCGCGGUUGA